CUGUGGAGGCGGCGGCCAUCUUGGCGGUGGAGCGAUGAACUGGUCGAACUCGAAGGCUGCGGCCGCGGGGUCUGCGGCUGGGCCCGGGGGGCUGGUGGCUGGCAAGGAGGAGAAGAAGAAGGCGGGCGGCGGCGUCCUGAACCGGCUCAAGGCGCGGCGGCAGGUGCCCCACCACGCGGGCGACGACGGCAUCGGGGCAGCAGUCACGGAGCAGGAGCUGCUGGCGCUGGACACCAUCCGGCCAGAGCACGUCCUGCGCCUCAGCCGGGUCACCGAGAGUUAUUUAUGUAAACCCGAAGACAACGUCUAUAAUAUUGAUUUCACCCGCUUCAAAAUUCGAGAUUUGGAGACGGGGACGGUGCUUUUUGAGAUCGCCAAACCUUGCAUUUCAGACCAGGAGGAGGAGGAGGAGGAGGAAGGUGGAGUUGUGGAUAUCAGUGCAGGACGCUUUGUCCGCUAUCAGUUCACACCAGCAUUUCUCCGCCUCCGGACGGUUGGGGCUACGGUGGAGUUCACAGUGGGAGACAAACCUGUGUCAAACUUCCGGAUGAUCGAACGGCACUAUUUCCGGGAACGCUUGCUGAAAAACUUUGACUUUGAUUUUGGCUUCUGCAUCCCCAGCAGCAGGAACACUUGUGAACAUAUCUAUGAGUUUCCCCAGCUUUCUGAGGAUGUCAUUCGUCUGAUGAUUGAAAAUCCUUAUGAGACCCGCUCUGACAGCUUCUACUUUGUUGACAACAAGCUGAUAAUGCACAACAAGGCUGAUUAUGCCUAUAACGGGGGCCAGUAACUGCCUCAGGAAUAGGCAGGGGAGGUGCUUUGCUGCAGCCACAAGACCCUGGCACACAGAGGCGACUGAAGCUGCAGUUUGUCAACACACAUCUGGAACCUUGCCCCAGGUGCCAAGGCUGAGGUGGCAGUUUCCUGUGCUCCAAGGGAGGUGCCAGGCAGUGCUGUGUUCUCUUCUGCAGUAUUUUUCCUUCCCCUUCUUCCCCUGCCCCUUAGGUCGCAGAGGUACUAUAGUAAAGUAAAAGAUUAGGAUAAGGCUCCUGGAAUCCAGAUAAAAAAGUCAAUUUUCAUGGAGUUCUAGCUGUUCACCGGUUGUGCUGACAAGCCUCGGUCUCUCCAGACACGUGCGCGGGUGAGAAGGCUGCGGCUGGGCCUGCCUGCAGUUCAGCAGCUCUCCUCCAGGUUCCUGGCUGCUGCGGGAAGCUGGAGGGUGGGCUUCUCCAGGCACCACCUCCUCUCACUUGCGGUGUCACCGUCAGCACAGUCUGCCCUCAGCCUGUGCUUCGUCUUAAAACAACUGGAAGGAACUUGAAAGGAGUGGAGGGGAGGGGUGGUGUAAAGGGUUGAGGCAUCAAGGCACGGGCGAUGCUGCCAAACCGAGAGGUCCGUUUUGUGGAGAGGCCUGCUGACCUGUCUGACUCCCAGCGCCCUCGGCCUCCCCUCCUGGGGAUAGACCAAGGUUUCAGCCUGGCAGUGCCUUCCUCUUCUCACUUUGGAGGACAGAUGAGCUUGCUCUGCUUCUCCUGGCUCCUAACUUUUGAGCAUCUCAUGAAAUAGAACGUGUCAGUUUUGUUCGUGGAACGCCAAUGUCUCUCAAGGCCAGAGCAGGUCUUGUUGUAUUUUGGUUUUUUAUUUCCAGACUUCUUUGUAGGAGGUUUUAUAAAAUGUCAGUGGUGUUCCCAGUAUAUGUGACGUGCGGGAAGAGUUCUGAUCUGUUAAUCGGGCUCCCGGGGCUAAUCUGGCUCAUGUUGGGGGAAGUGUACUUAUGAACCAGUGGCCGCUUUAAAGGAGAGAUUCGAUUUUCUCUACACAGCACAGCCUGGAGGAGGAUUGGCUUUUGAUGGGGUUUGCCUCUGGAGCUCUUUGUGGAUUUCUUCUUUAGGAGGGUUUUCCUUUCUGCCUUUCUACUGAAGUAGUUUCUGGAACCAUUCCAGCAGAUCAGAUCUAAGUAACGUAUGUGCUGAUCCUUUAAACUGCUAAGUUGGAAUUGUUUUGGGUGUUUGGAAAGGGUGAAGUAGGUGAGGUGGCCUGUCAGAGUGAUGUGUUCUCAGAAAAGCUUCCUCCCGUGUCUCAUGCAGGUGGGCUGCUUGUGUCCUCUGACCCUAACCCACGGACUCUCACCUCCUCAGCUCCCUGUGGUUGUCUGCGUGGAUGGCUGUAGGAGCUCAGCCCAGAAUCCGUGACCCUCUGAUGAGAUGACUGAUGUGGCCAGGGUCCAUUUAGCAUUGAUAGAAGGGUGUCAGUAGGGAGGACCCACGGGUGUGAUAAGUCACUGUGGGUGUCAUAUAGUACCUGUGACAGGAGAGCUGUGACCCAAGGGGCUUGGGAGAAAGGCCAUGUGGGACCAGGGAAAGCAGAGACACCACUUUGCCGCAGAAGUUCCUGCGUGUUCAUUGACCAGUGUUGCUCCCUGUUUGGAUUCUAGAGUGUGAGUGGUUUUGAACUUUGGCCCCGUGCUUUGUGCCGGGCCAGAGUCUUGGUGAUGUCGUAUGUUGGCAGUUUUCUCAACUGAGAAAGCCCAAGACUACCCCACUGUGCCAGCACUGGGUUCAACCCUGAGGGAGGGAACAGACCAUGCACCCUGUGCAGUGGGUUCCUCGUCACCAGACUUGGUGACUUUCAGAACUGGAUUCGGUUACAGAUACGGUGCCUUAUGUGUGACUCUGUCCCUUAGGCUGCUGGGGGAAGCUGUGUUGCUGUUGUUACCCCCUCCUCGUCUGCAGACAGGCAUCAGCACUGUCUUCUUACCUUCUGUUUCUCAUUGUGGCUUCUCAAACGGGAUUUGCAUGUUCCUGUCAAGCUUAACAACAAUCCCUUCUCCCUGUGACAGAGGCCCAGUUGGGAGAGUUUCUACUAUUUGAUAUUUAAAUAACAUCUAGACUGCGGUUUCUGAAGCUGCCCAGAGCUCUGCUCAUUUGAGUGUGUUUUGGAAAUGUGCCCCAGGCAGCCGUCUCUAGUUCACUAGUGGGCUCUUAUCCUCAGUGAUAGCUUUGCCUGGGCAGUGGACCAGGAGGAUGGGGGAGGCGAGCACUCUGGCUUGAGUAGUGCUGUGUCCCCUUUCCUAUUAGCUAGCCUUAGUCUCACUGGACACCAUUUGAGACCAAGCGCUCGGUCUAUGCCCAGCUUGACAGGGAUUUGCCAUCUUCUGCUCCUGAAGGUCUGGUGUUCUGUAUCUAGGGCUCUGGAUUCCUGUGUCUAGCUGCUCAGGAAAUCUUGAGAAGCAUUACCACUCUGGGGUAUUAACCAGCAUGAGUUUGAAAUUCAAGCAUUUGUACCUGAGUUGAAAAAACUGGAAGUCAUACCUCCUCUGAACAUAACAGAACCAAUCAGACAGUGAAGCAGGCUGCCAUGUUAUUAAGGCAUCCGGACUGUUGAUGGCAGUUAUUUUGUGGGUGAUGCGACGAGAGGGGAAAAAACUACCUGCAUGGGGGACUGUGCCCUUUGUUAAGGGUCGGCAUCUGAGGGGUCGCUCCUCCAGGGAGCACAUCCCAGCAGAGUGGCAGGCCCGCCUGGUGCCAUAGGACCUACUACCUGCACCCUCUCCCCUCCAGUCUUGCUCCUGUCCCUCUGCCUUGGACUCUCCUGGAGAGGGCCUCUCUUUUCCUAUACAGCCUUUGGGCUACGAUGCCCUUCUAGCUUCUCCAAAGAAGAUCCUGGUUUAUUUUAUUCUAUGUUCUAAAGGGUAAACAGAGGAAAUAACACCUAAAAGUAGCUUGGGGCUAAAUUAGGCUAUUGUCUCCUUAUGUGUUAGCUCAGAACUAUCUUGUAAAGAAAGCAGUUUUCAGGGGCAUGUGCUUCCUGAAAACACCUCAGUCUCUGGGCUGUUUGAUUUCCAAUACAUAGGAAUAGUGAUUUGGUGGUGUUUGGGGUUAACUGUAGACUGUUGAUUCUUGAAAUGGCAGUGAUUGGACCAUCUUCAACUUAUUUUUUCAGUUCAAGUGGAACUUAUGUCUGGAAUAGAUUUAAUAGGCUGUGUCUAAUGUACAAAUUGGGUGAGUCCUGCCUUAGUGUGUCCUGCUCCCCUGGUAGGCUCCCAGGGUACUCUUUUUUUGAGACAGUCUCGCUCUGUUGCCUGGGUUAGA